ACAUUCUUAGUAAGUAUUUUGAAAUGUCAAAUGACAAUAUUUUCCUUUUUGUUGUCAUAGUUUUAAGCUAAUUUCAUAGUUUACAAAAAAUAUAUUUAUCUUGGUAUAAUAUUGCUUAAACUAUUUACUGGUGAAAAGUGUAUUGUCGUGAAGGGAGACACAUAAAUUUUACGUGAAAAUGAAGAAAAACAAUUUGCUCAAACUGUUAGUUGGCUCCCUUCUCACGUUCUCCUUCAUUCGAGGGAUUCAUCGUUUUGUUUUCGAAUUGGAAGACAACAAAUGCGAAAUGACCUUCAUGUUUGAAUAUCCGCAAUAUAUUAAAAUCAAAUUAAAUGAACCAACAUCAACUGAAUUCCCUAAUUACAACUUAUUUGUUUACGGAGAAGGAGAGCAAGCUGAAAGAUAUAAAAAGGGUGAAUUUACUGGAAUUCCAGUUCUUUUUAUACCAGGAAAUGCAGGGUCUUAUAAACAAGUUCGGUCUCUUGCUUCUUUUGCUUAUCGCAAAUCUCUGGAUUCAAAGAAACAUUUUCACUUUGACUUUUUUACAAUUGAUUUCCAUGAAGAGUUUUCAGCUCUGUAUGGGGGUAUACUGAAGCAACAAACUAUGUUUACUAGUAGUUGUAUUAACAGAAUUCUUCAUCUCUACAAAUCUACUCAUCACCAACAAAAGUCACUGCUUUUAAUUGGCCACUCUAUGGGGGGAAUGGUUGCUAAAGCAGUUUUUAGUGAAAUGGAUUUUGAUUCUGCUCUAGUGACCACCAUUAUCACUCUAGCCACCCCACACAAAAGUCCUGUUAUAGUGCUAGAUGAGGACAUGGACAGUUUUUAUCAAGAAACCAGUACAUUUUGGAACGAAUCGACAAAUCGAACAAAACACGUCGCUUUAGCAUCAAUCGGUGGAGCGGACAGAGAUAUUCAAGUUCGGUCUGGGCUUACUGCUGCUAAUUCACCAACAAUCAACGUUCUGACUACCGAAAUGCCGACAGUUUGGCUUGCUGUUGAUCAUCUGUGUAUAGUGUGGUGUAAACAGGUAGUUUCGACAGUAGUUCGAUCUCUAUUCGAUAUGGUUGAACCUUCAACGCAGAACUGGAUUGAACGGGUUGAUCUACGAAAAGAAAUUCUCCUCUAUCACCUCAUGAAGCGCAAUGAAGGGAAAAGCUUUAAAAAUUUCCUGAAUGUAAGAGAAGUCGAUUUUGAUCCAGAAGGACGAUGGAGAGAAGUUGUUGUGCCACAUUUCACUGCCAGCAUUGAACAAGAAAAGGAAAAAUAUAGCAAUAGCUAUUAUAUGAUUCCGUUAGUCGACAACGCUUAUCGAGAUCGUUUGGCGGCUGUAGCAUCUGGACUACCCAUUAAAUAUUGGGUUUUCGGCUGUGUUGCUUUGACUUGGCACAAAAAUACUAGAUUCUGUGAGCGCGGUAUCGAUUUAUCACAUCAAACUGUUCUGUUACCGAAUGCCGGUGAUUUUGUUAAGCGGAAGUUUGUCUACCUGGACUUGGUCAAACUCAAAGAGAAUGGUUUCACUCAUAUUGUAUUUUUAAUCCCCAAAAGUUAUCAAAAGGGAUCUAUUUUGUUUGAUGUGCACCGCUCUAUUGAUAGAAACGUUGAAAUCCGCUUCCCUUUCGCAAGAUACAUCCCAUUUGCUUCAGCUGGAAAGAUAGUGGUUCCGAGUAACGCCGUUUCAUUCAACGUAACUUUACCAGACCUCAAUAGAUCAUGGCAGUCAAUUUUCCUUAAGAUCAACGGAAACGAUUGUCCUAUGGAAAAAAAUGCAAUUGUACGAAAAAUUGUGCCAUGGUCUCAUGAAAGCCAAUACUUUCUGUCAAAUCAGAGCUUCUCUGUUCACCUUCAUGUUCCUAAAGCUCCUGUCGAUAGCGAAUAUGAUUCAGUGCAUCUUCAGUUUAUCAGUCCCAAUCCAAAAUGCACUUACGAAAUCGAAGUUUCUACUGACUGGAUCGGCAUGUGUGCCCAACUGGCCCGGUUUUAUUCGCCUUUUCUUUUGCCGAUGCUAUUUGCAAUUUUUUUGUAUUGUUUUUCAAGGCAACUUAAAGAGAAACAAUCUAAUAAUGCAGUCCCGUCCAUUUUAACUUGCCUUGUCGAAAUGCCAGUCAUCAAAAUGGCCCUUAUUCCUGAGGCUUUCUCUAUUUGCUUUGGAAUUAUCGAUUCGUUACAUCUACCGGCGUGGCCUUUUCUGCCGUCCGAUGAAUUUCUUCUCCGGAAUCAUGGGCUUGGCUUUCCUUUCAUGUACUUCAUUCUUGGAUUCAUUGCCUGGAGUUUAGCCAUCAUGCUGUCCGUUAUUUUCUGCCUGGGAAUAUAUAUUGGAGGAAAUGUUUUGCACACCAUAAUAAUCCGAUAUCUGAGGAGUUCCUUCGGAAUAUCAUUGAUUGUUGCCGAGGUUGUAGCGAUUGGCCUGUCUCGGAUACCUUUAGUCAUAUCAGUGGCUCUCAUCGCAAUCGGAUGCAGUACCUGCGGUUCCCUAGCGCUGUUUCUUGGCCUUGGUGUUUAUAUAUGGAAGUUGUUCGAUUAUUUUGAGGACGAAUUGGAAUCUAUGUUGGGUGACGAAGAAAACCAAGAAGUUGAUGAUGACUUUCAUAUUAAUACAACAAUAUCCUUACUAUGGUUUUCUACAGCCAUCCUCAGUCUUCCAACUCUUGUUGUGUGGAGCACAAGCCCAAGCUUAACUUUGCCGAAUGAUUAUUGGUUGGUCCCUAGUUUCGUCUGGAAUAUAUGCGGAAUGAUGAUUUUACAAAAAUCGAAAUCUGUCCAUGAUAGUGCUGCUGGUUCCUAUGGCUACUUGGGUAGCGCGUUCGCGGUUCUCUCCGUUUUAUUGGUAUCCUACAGUUUAGUCUCGAUCUAUCGCAUCCAGUACUUUGUUACAGCUGCAAUCACCAUGUAUGCUGCAUUCAAGUACAUAAUUUGAUUCUCCAGUUGUAAAUGUAUGUUGGUUUUUCUGGUAACCCGUUUGGCCGUAUUAUCUUUUUCUUAACUAGUAGAAUUCGCCAAAACUAGUGUUUCCUUUUUUUUAAAUAAUUCUUAUCGUGAUAAAAAUAAAAACGACAAAAGGUUCACGAUUA